CGAGGACUCACGCUAUGGACAAUCGCUCGCUGAUGCAUAGCACGAGAUCAUCCUGCUAGAACAUGAGCCCGUCAGAUGUUGCCAACAAAGAUGCUACUCCCUGGAACAUAUUGGAGGUGCUCGAACUGGUCAACGAGGACACGAAGGACAUCACCUGCGUUGCUGAGUGGGACGAUGUUACGGGAAGAUCAUUCCGAUGCGAGCGGGAGAUUGAGCAGGACAAGCAAGUGCAGGCAUGGAAGCAGUUGCUGGAUCUCCCCUGGGGUAGCAAAGACUCAUCGGAAUGGAGAGCCGCGCUGAUGGAUGCUGCGACCCUGCUCAGUUGCAGUAUGCAUGGCAGUGUGGUCCAGAUCAACAGUGUAGCUAUGGCAUGGGCAUCGAUCGCCGUGCUUCACACCCACAAAGCUCGGGGCGAUCAGCUGCUGCUAGGUCAUGGCGAGUCUGCCACAAGCAAGGUCGUGGAAGGAAGCAAACAGUUGUUGAGACCUCGCCGGGCGACCACGGCGUCCCGACCGCGAGCUCUGAUCGGCCUGAGGAGUGCUCGAUCAUUCAAAUUGGGAGCCAGCAGACAAUCCCGACAUGGCUCUGGCAACAGUGGAAGCGACAAACCAUCGCGCAAAGACUCCGCAACCGACUCCAGAAAAUCGGCAUCAGAUGGACGCAACGACAACCAGCACUACCAAGCAUGGGUAGAAGACGUGCACAGUGGUGAGCCGGCAAUCUUUCAACUCGACGAAGAGGUGCAGACACUUCGUGAUGCACUGCUGCGGGACUGUACCUUGGAGCCAAAAUCUUCGCAAAGGAGACUGCGAUCUCGUAGUGAUCCCGAAGUUCACAUGGACGAUGACAUGUAUUUUGCCGCCACCACCGCCAAGGGAAACGCUCGAGCACGAUCGAUGCCCGUAAGGGAGCAGCAUACCAGCGCCAAACAGAAACAUCCGACUUCUCCUGUCACCGAACGAUCGGCCCGCGAAGAGCUUCACAAGGCGGUGCGACACCAAGUUAAUCUUCCGUGUCUGAAUGAGAUGAUUGAGCGCGAACAUGCUGCGUCAGGCCCGUUUCUAGCGCACCACCACCAACAACAACAACAACAACAUAGGUGGCACGUCGACCAAAACUUGCGUCAAGCUACCCAUGCAGCAAGAGAGCGCGAGCAACAUUCAGCAUCAGCAUCAGCAGCAGUAGCAGCGGGGUUAUUGCAACGCUCUACUGAGCACGAGAAGAAGAAUCUCGAAGAAAGAAUCCGCUCAUUCGUUGAAUCAACAUCAUCAUCAGCAUUCCCACAAAAAAGCCCCUUUGCCACGCCUCCUCAUCCAACAAAUGUUAGUAAUAGUAGUAGUACUACUACUCGCAACAACAACAAUAACAACAAUUCCCCGCUGCCACCCGACGAAGAAACAAUCCAAUCCAGCUGGAAAGCCUACAUGCAAGAUUGGUUCCAAGUCCUCCAACUUGAACCCGACUGCACCGCCAAAACGCUCUUCUCUACCCUCCCCCGACCUGUCCUCGGUCUGGAGCUGCAACAGCAGUAUCGGGAAGAUGAGGAUCGCUGCUUUACUCCCCAAUUCGAACGCGACGUGAUGGAUUUUUUUCGGAACAUGCCAUUUGGAGGAGGGGGCGAACAACAAGGUGGACAUGCUACUUCUGCGAGUGCGAGUGCGACUACUGCGACUCAGGCUUACAACCACAACAACAAUAACCGCGAAAUUUAUCGUAAAAAACUCAAAGCAGAAGUCUCUCGAUGGCAUCCGGAUAAAAUUGCGCAGAGAUAUGUGUGCUGUGCACAGGAUGAGGAGGAGGAGGCUACCAAUACCAAUACCAGUGGCAGUGGCAAAAAGAAAUCUGUCUUGCAGUUGGCGACGAGGGUGACGCAGGUGAUUACGACGUUGUUGAUUGCGAGAGCAUGA